AUGAUAGAUUAUCUCAAUUCAUAUGAUCCAGAUCUUCGAAAUGUAGCCUUUGAUCUGACCUCGGCUUUACGCGCAUACCCAGACAUCCGGAAACUUCCCUCUGCCACCGGUCGUCGAAAUCUUUUAGAUGAUCUCUCCGGCCUCAUCUACUUCAUUGGCUCAGACGCGUUCGACAUAGAUCGACUUUUGCCGCUGCUGAAGGCGAUCUGGAAUAGAGCAGCGGAUGACGCCAUUUGGGACAGAGUAUAUGCAGUCAUAGUCGAAGUCGCGCCUCCGCCUAAGCUUGUAGCUUUCCCUGAUCAAACUUCGUACUCGCAUACAACGAGUAGCUUCGUUAAUUCCUCGGAGCAGCGAAAAUACACGGAUGCUGUACUAAGACAAGAACUGGGUUCCAUAUUCGUUGGUGUCCCUGGCUUCUUCGAAGUCUUCUACCAUGGCAUUGAGGGUCUUCAGACAAAAGCAGAAGCCGUUCUGCAGGAAUGCAAACGUGGAGAUAAUGCAUUGUUUCAUAACGAGACUGGCUGGCAAGGCUGGCCUCCGAAUGCAGAGGAGAAGGAUGUUCUGACCUGGCUCACUCGCAUUUUUAAGGACAUAAUGAAGCUUGUUUCUGAUCACACAUCUGAUUUCAAGCCUCGCACCAUCCUGGCUCGUCCUUCAAAACCGUUGGAAGGAUCCUCUGCGAAAAGGAAACUAGAUGUUGCUAUAGCCAGGAACCAAGAAAGGGCGAUCGGGGUGUCACACCACUGGUCGCAGGUUCUCUUUCCUGGGGAGCUGAAGAGCAGCGCCGACCUUGAUACGGCUUCGAACACGUGGCGUGACUUAGGCCGAUAUGUGAGGGAGGCUUUCACUGCUCAAGAUACGCGCCGAUUUGUGCUAGGAUUUACACUAUGUGGAUCUGUUAUGCGCCUUUGGGAGUUCGACCGCAUCGGAGCCAUAGCAUCAUCGCCUUUCGACAUCAACUCGGAACCCCUGCAGUUUAUAUCGGCGGUUGUGGGGUUUCUACUGAUGAACGACGAGCAACUCGGCUUUGAUCCCAGCAUUAUCUCGUCGGAAGAUGGAGAAAGGUUUAUUCGAAUCCAUCGUGAUGGGCGGGACGAACGUUUGAUCCUUGAAAAGCUCGUAAAGCCGUCCGCCUGUGUAGCUGGAAGAGCGACUACGUGCUGGAAAGCUCAUCUGGAUGACGAAGCCAGAACCCCUGUUAUUGUGAAGGACUCGUGGCAGUACCCGGAACGUGCGGAAGAAGGCGAGAUAUUGCAAGAUAUCGGAGCACAAGGUGUGGUGAGCGUGGCGAGGUAUUUUCAUCACCAGACCGUCAAAGUUCAUGGCGAAGUGGAUGACGUACGGAACAACGUGCGCAAAGGUCUUGAUGUGACCAAAGCCUCUAAUUGGAGACAAGUUCGCUCUCCAGUGACUGAGUCUAGAGACGUCUCCCGUCGAGGCAGUACGAGAAAAGCCAGCAGUCUCGGGCAGAAGAGAUCAUCCAGUCAUACUGAAGCAUCCCUACCACCAAGCAAGAGAUCGUGUUCACCGGCCCACUGGGGUGAUCAACCUUUACAAAACCGCGUCCAUCGUCGCGUCUGCGUUCGGGAUUACGGCAAGUCGAUUUAUAGAGCCAGCUCCCGCGUCGCUCUUCUGAAUGCGCUGGAAGCGUGUGUUGAAGGUUAUGAGUCGCUGCAUACAAAAGCGGGGGUGCUGCAAGGAGAUAUUUCUACCGGCAACCUGAUCAUCAACGAGGAGCACAACGGCUCCUGGUCCGCUUUCCUGAUCGAUAUGGACCUUGCCAUUAGGGAACGCAGAGACCAGGCAUCUGGCGCCAGGGGCAAGACCGGCACAAGAGCAUUCAUGGCCAUAGGGCUGCUGUUAGGAGAGAAGCAUUCUUUCUGGCAUGACCUGGAGUCAUUCUUUUGGGUUUUGUUCUGGAUAUGCAUCCACUAUGACGGGCCCGGCAAGGAUAUCGGGCCGACGGACUUUGACUGCUGGAACUACGACGACGACCAGAAAUUAGCCAACUCUAAAAAGGGGAUCGUGGCUGACGAAACCGACUUCGAGCAAACAGCACGGAAGUACUUUACGCCCUACUACCAGUCACUGGUGCCAUGGGUGAACCGAUUACGUCGGGUGAACUUUCCGGAGGGAUCGCGACGGAAAAGCAGUGAUACGGGGAUAUACGGACAAAUCAAACAUGUCCUUCGACGCGCAGCCGAGGAUGUGGAGGUCAUAGGCGAGAUAUGA